AUGUCGAAGUUUGUUAAAACCUUUCAAAAUACCUCCAACAAACGACAAAAUUCUUGGACGCCCAAAAUUCGAUUAUCACCAACAAACAAUUUAUUAACAAUCAUGAAGAAACUAUUCAAAUUUGUGCUAUUUUGGAGUAUAUUUGUCACAUUUUCGAUGACGACUAUGAUCAAUGUUGGGGUUUCACAAGUUAGAGAAGGAAGAGAACAAUUUUUCCGGCCACACCCACGCCAGUAUGCUCAAAAUCCAUGUCUCAAUAAGAAAGAAGAUCUACAAGAUACACCAUUCGUUUCAAAAGAUUCAUAUAACACGAAUCAUCAAUGCGGACCAAAUAAUGGAGUAGUGUUUAUUUUGAAUGAUUGGCUUUCGUCACGUGUGAAUAUUGAAGUUGCGAAAAUAAUUUUGGAAGAAAAACUAGGGAUUUGCGUAGAUGUUAUUGAUUUAACUGUCCUAGAGGGAUUAAAGCUCAUGAAUCGACAGGGGAAUGUAAUUCCAUUUGUUAUAUUAGAAUUUUGGAAAAUUAAUCGAUAUGAUGAAUUUAGAGAUUAUGUACAAAAUGGAAAGUACACUUCAGAGAUUGGAGAACUUGGUCCUGAAGGAAGAAUUGGAUGGUACAUUCCUGAAUUCAUGUUUUCUGCACACCAGAAUAAUCCAGAACUAUAUCAACUGGUACGAUCAUAUCGAUAUUUCAGAACAACACCAGAAUAUCGACUUGUGACAGGAUCUACAGGUUGGGCAAUGGUGGAUGAACAAAUUAUUAGAAAUCUAAAAUUGAAUCUAAAGCUUGAACGACCUCCAGAGAAUGGCACUGAAUUAUAUCUUAUUAACCAAUUAGAAACAGCUCAACGUGACAAAACACCUGUUGUUGUGUCACUAUGGACGCCACAUCAAAUAUUUAGCUCUCCACAUCCACCACAACGAGUCUAUCUUCCUGCUUAUUCAGAAGAUUGCAGAAAACAAUCGAAUAUUGAGAGAGGGUUAGUGGAUUGUGAUUAUCCCCCUACAACCCUUAGCAAAUUACAAACCGAUGCAGUGUUGAAUCUUCCUCAGCAAGUCCAAACUUUUUUGAAAAAUUUCAAAUAUCAAGCCAGUGACCAAAUUCAAAUAAUGGGUGACAUUUAUUACAAACACAUGGACCCAAGAGAUGCUGCUUGCAAGUGGUUAAAAAAUAACACUGCAUUGUGGAUGUCAUGGUUGAAGGAACCUACACCUCCAUUUUCUGAUUCUAAUCUUCGAUUAUCCAUUGGAAUUGCGGUCGCAGCAGCAGUUAUUGGAAUUUUAGUGAUUGCCAUCGCAACACUCGUCGUUGGAUGUGUGGUGAGGAAAAAUUCAAUGACAAAGACUGAGAAUCGACAUGCUCCAAAAAAUCCUCCCAUUUGCAUUGUUUUCACACACAUUCAGAAUGCACCUCUCUUGUGGACGCUUGCUUCAGACACCAUGAAGAAAGUAAUGAAUAUUCAAAAUAAGGUCAUAAGACAUAACUUACGAAAGUUUAAAGGAUAUGAAGUGAAAACUUAUUUAGAUAGUUUCAUGAUGGCAUUCUCAGACCCCAUGGAUGCUGUUGCCUGUUGUAUGCAAAUCCAAAAAGAUUUAUUGGAAUGUGAAUGGACCAAUGACAUGAUGGCAUUUCCAGACAUGCAACCAGUGGUGUGGAAUGGACAAGUGGUGUAUAAUGGACCGAGAGUGAGAAUGGGCGUUCAUUAUGGAGGUGACAUUCAAGCUCAAUUCGAUCCCACCACUCGUCGUUACGAUUAUUUUGGAACAACUGUCAAUAAGGCAAGUCGAGUGGCGAGAGCAUGUGAAAGCGGAGGAAGAGUUUAUGUCAGUGAAGAAACAUUUCAAUACAUCAUGCAUGUCAUUUCAGAAUUUAAACACAUCUCAAAAAAAGAGUCAUUCCCAAGUUUAGACACCUUGGCCAAUCACACCUAUCCUUUCAAACUUGCAGUUUCUAGUGGUAUAAUUAUUUUUGAAAGUAUGGGAGAAUUUAAGUUGAAAGGUCUCGAAGGAAAGCACAUCAUUUAUUGGGUCAAAGAUCUCCACAGUGCACGUUCAGAUUAUAUCGAACAAUUUGAAAUCAUGGCUUCUCCUUCUUCCUCUAUCCAACUUGGAAACAUUACACCCUUUCGAAUUGAUUUGUUAGAUAAGGCAAAAUAUGAUUUUAAAGUUGCCAUUGAGAAUGCCCUUAAUAAUCCAUCCAAACUUACCGAAGAUGAAAAAUCCAUUCUCAUUCAGAGAUUUAUAUUGUGGAGUGUCCAUGACAACUCUGAUUUCAAGAAUGUCAUCACUGGUAGUUCACAUAGAUGGCGAGACAUGUGGAUGGAUUAUCCUGACACUUCACUGAUGAAAUUCAUUGUGAACUUGCUCGUUCAGGAUCAAAUCAACGGAACACUCAAGGUUGAGGUCACACCUACAACACCUACCAAACACACUGUGGCUACAGAUCGUUUUUCAAAUGGUCACACUACUAUUGACCAACAUCAACGAAAAGCAAGUUCUUCUUCUUCGUCGUCAUCCUCCACGGAUCAUCAAACGUCGAUCAGCCAAGGCGAAGAAGAGAUGAUUUCCAUUCGCAAUGAGGAGAGUUCAAAUCAUUUUAACGCAUCGUUGAGUGAACAAGCAAGCAGUAGUCGACAAGGAGAAGACACUUCAACAAAAUCUACAAGUAUUACUAUUGAGUCCGAACAUGUGAAUCAGUAA